AUGGGGCUACUGGCGCUGCAGCGGCUCGUGUCCCUACAGCGCAACCGGCAGCGGCGUCAACGGCAAACCCGAGCCCUGAAUGGAUCGUUUGAUUCAUCAAUGGAUAAAAGAAAGGGCUCACCCUGUCAACAAGAUGCUCAUGGUGAUUCUCACGCCGCCAAAAGAAUGAUGUGUUCAAUCCUAACCCUUCCCGAGCUAGCCACGCCGCGUUUUGGGCACACCGCAGAGAACAGAGUUCCUAGUUCUGCAAUUGUCCAGUCUAGCACUCUGCCCAGCCCUCCUAAAUUAGUACCUUGGCUUUGUUCAGCUCUGUUGGACAUUUUGCACCAUAUAUAUUCCCUGUUGCCACUGCGUGAUGCUGCUCGUGCUGCUUGCUCAUCUCAUGCCUUUCUACGUUUCUGGAGAUGUCAUCCCAAUCUAACCUUAAACUGGCAUAUCCUUGGCUCAAAUGCAAAUGCAUCUCAAGGGAAUUUCAGCUGCAUAAUUGACAACAUCCUGAGGAACCACUCAGGCAUCAACAUUAAGAUACUCAAGCUUCAGUUAUAUGGCAUUUAUGAUGCCUACCAGUAUCUGGACAGUUGGCUUCAGGUUGCUGUUAAACCUGGGAUUGAAGAACUCACCAUUGAGCUAUGUUAUAGACUUACCGUCGGGGUCCGCCGACCCCGACGACUUGGCCACGGCGUCAUGUAUCCUACGAUAUUUUACAGGUCUAGACCCCGGCAAAUAAUACGUUUUGACCCCGGCGGCCGGCACAAAGCAGGUGGCAGGCUGGCUAAUUUAGCUGAUAUGAUAAGUGCCCAACAGCCCACUAUGCUAGUCGCAAGGUCCAACAAGGGCAAGCAGCAAGCCCACUAG